AUGUGCGCCUACACAGUCGCCAAGGCGUGCCCCGAGACGUGCGUGGCCCGCAACGCGCGCGGCCAGCGGCCGCUCGACGUCGCCGCGGCGUGCGGGCGGGGGGAGGUCCUGAACGCCAUGCUGCUGGCCUGCGCGGGUGACGCCGGCGGCGCAGCGGUGGACGCCAUGCUGGAGCUGCUGACGGCCGGCGCGGUGCCCGACACCUGGGCGCCGAGCGGCAGCAGCGCGCUCAUGCUGGCGGCGUGCGCGGACGGCGUCGGCGCGCUGCGCGUGCUGCUGGAGGGCGGGGCCAGUGUGGAGUUGCAGGAUGCGCUGGGCAGGUCUGCCCUGAUGUUUGCGGCCGGCAGCAGCGCGACCGGCGCCAUCGCCGCCCUCCUCGACGCCGGCGCCGCCAUCGGCGCGCGCGACCGCCGCGGCCGCACCGCGCUCGAGUACGCGCCCAAGGGGUCGGCUGCCGAGAAAUUGCUCAGGGAGCGGCUGGCGGCGCUGGAGGUCGUCGCGGCGGCGCGGCAGGCCGAGCUGCUGGAGCUCCUCUCAGACGGCAGAGGCGGCGCUGCUAGCGGCGGCUGCAGCGGCGGAGGCAGUGGCGGCGGCGGAGGCGCUUGCGCCGAGGCGGGGGAGGCGGGGGCGGCGGGCAGGAAAAAGAAAAAGAGGGGGAAGAAGGCGGGCGAGGCGGCGGCGCCAGCGGUUGUUGCUGUCCAAGAAGCUGCCCCGGCGGCGGAGGGGGAGCGCCAUCUGCAGCAGAAGGAGCAGCAGGAGCAGCAGCAGCAGCAGCAGGAGGAGGACGAGCAGCAGGAGAAGGAGUUCAGUGCUGUGGCUGAACCAGUGGCAGCUGUGACGUCCGCGGGGCUGCAUGUCAAGGCGACCCCUUCUCCGCGGCCGGCCCGUUCACAUGGGAAGCCGCCCGGCCCAGACUCUGCUGCUGCGGCAGACGAGGCGGCCGCGCCGCGCACGCCGCCGCCCACCGCCCCGCAGGCGGCGCCGCCGGCCAGCGCCGGCGGGGCCGCAGCCGCGCCCACGGGCGCGCUGCCGACGUGGCAGCCGCCCGCGGCGCCGGCGGCCGCCUCUGAGCUGGAAGUCCUGCGGGCAGAGAACGCGGCGCUGCGUCAGCAGCUGUCGCGCCUGGGUUCCUCGCACCAGCGGGAGCUCGCAUCAGUCCUGUCCGACGCGGCCGCCCACGAGGCCGGCGCCGUCCACGACGCCGCCGCCGCAGCAGCAGCAGCAGCCGUCGCUGCGGAGCGCGGGCGCUGGCUGGUGCGGCUGCAGGCGCUCGGCGCGCCGGCGGCGGCACUGCUUCAGCUGGCAGUCGGGGACACGUGUGGCAGCAGCGGCGGCAGCGGAGGCGACAGGUCGCUGUGGGAGCAGUUGGUGCGCGCGGCGGCAUCGGCUGCGACGUCCAGCGUGCUGCCGAGCGGCUUCGACGUGCCGCCGCUCCCCAGGCGCACCAGCAGCAGCGACGUCCUGGGCAGCAGCUGGCCGCCGUGCAGCCUGCCGCUGCUGCCCCAACACUACCUGUCCUCUCGGCUGCCAGCCACCCCCGGCACGGCCACGCCGUCCGGCACUGCGGGGACGCCGACGGCCGCCGCGCUGUCAGAGGGGGCGUCCGUCUUGCAGCACUUGCGAGACGAGUACCAGAAUGGGGGCAGCUGCUUCGUGGCCGCCGCCCGCCACUCGCUUUUGGCGGGGGACGACGGCACGCCUGGCGCUGCCGUGGGCGGCGCGGGCCCGGCGGCGGGGCGCGCGGCGGCCGCGCGGCCCGGCAGCGUCGGCGGCAGCAGCGAUGGCUUCGACGGCGGCGGCGCUGCAGCAUCGGCCUUGACAGCGUGGGGCCUGGAUCCCAUCGUGUGCCCCGCCCCCGGAGCCGCGCUGCACCUGCCCGCCAUUGGCAGCGGCGGCGGCGGCAACAGCGGCGCGGCUGCGCGGCAGCUGCUGUGCGGCGCAGCCGGGGGCGCGCUGGAAGGUGGGGGCCGCUGCACGCGGUCGCUCAGCAGCUUCCUCCCAGACGACUUGCUGGCCUAA